AUGGUCGUUCCUUUGUCGAACAAACGCGACCCUUGCUUCACUUCACUCACCACUCUUCUUCACCCUCGUUCCUCCAAACACACCCUCCCGAACCUCGUAACUCCUCCAGCACACCCUAUGUCUUUCUGCGAAAUCCAGACCAACCCUUAUGAGGGUCAGAAGCCUGGCACGUCUGGCCUUAGAAAGAGAGUGAAAGUAUUCCAACAACAGAACUAUACGGAAAACUUCAUCCAAGCCAUCUUCGACUCCAUCGAUGCCAAGGACCAAACACUCGUCAUUGGCGGUGAUGGGCGCUACUUCUCUCCAGAGACCGUGCAAACGAUCCUCAAGAUCGGCUCUGCCAACGGUGUAGCAAAGUUCAUCGUCGGAAAGGACGCGAUUCUCUCCACUCCCGCUGCAUCCAACGUCAUUCGGAAAUAUAAGGCGUAUGGAGGUAUCCUUCUUACUGCUAGCCACAACCCGGGUGGCCCCGACAAGGACUUUGGCAUCAAAUACAACGUUUCCAAUGGUGGUCCAGCUCCCGAGAAUGUCACCAACAAGAUCUACGAAAAGACCAAGACAAUUACUUCCUACAAAAUCAUCGAGGCACCCCCGGUCGACCUUUCCAAGAUUGGCGAAUCCACCUAUGGGCCAUCCAAAGUAUCCAUAAUCGAUUCCGUCGCCGAUUACGUCGAAUUGCUUCAAUCGAUCUUCGACUUUGCGCUGAUCAAGUCCUUCUUGUCGUCGCAUUCGAGCGACUUCGGUGUUCUCUUUGAUGGUCUGCAUGGCGUUACCGGUCCUUAUGCCAAAGCUCUUUUUGUCGACGUUCUGGGCCUCCCUGAGACCUCGAUCCAGAAUUGCAUCCCGCUGCCUGACUUUGGCAAUGGUCAUCCUGACCCAAAUCUCACCUACGCCCAUACCCUUGUCGAGGCAGUCGAGAAGAACAACAUUGCCUUUGGUGCUGCCAGUGACGGCGAUGGCGACCGUAACAUGAUCUACGGAAAAGGCGCAUUUGUUACUCCUUCAGACUCUGUUGCCAUUAUCGCACAUUGGGCAGACUCCAUCCCAUACUUCAAGAAGGGUGGUGUGAAAGGUCUUGCGCGUAGCAUGCCCACCAGCAAGGCCAUUGAUCUUGUUGCGAAGAAGAAGGGAUUCGAGUACUUCGAGGUCCCAACGGGCUGGAAAUUCUUCGGCAACCUGAUGGACGCGGGUCGGUUGUCGAUUUGCGGAGAAGAGUCGUUUGGUACCGGGUCAGAUCAUAUUCGGGAAAAAGACGGACUGUGGGCUGUUGUUGCAUGGCUGAACAUCUUGGCAGCAGCCAACGCCGAGUCACCCAGCAAGCUUGUCGGUAUUAAUGACCUCCUUCUGGCCCACUACAAGAUAUAUGGUCGGUCAUACUUCAGUCGGUACGACUACGAGGAAGUACCUUCCGCUGGCGCUCAGGCCCUCGUGGACAACCUCAAUAAAGCACUCGCCAGCAAAUCCCUCAAUGAUACCACGCAUACGUCAUCGACAGGGGCCAAGUUUACCGUUGCGGAGUUGUAUGACUUUGCUUACACGGACCCGAUUGACCAUAGCGUGUCCAAAAACCAAGGGCAGGUGAUCGUGUUUUCUGACGGGUCUCGUGUUGUGUUCCGGCUGAGCGGGACGGGCAGUCAGGGAGCAACGGUGAGAAUGUAUGUUGAACGAUAUGUGGCACCAGAGGCAGGCGAGGCAGCACUCAAGGGUGACACGGCGGAAGGCCUCAAGGGGGCUUAUCGAGGUUGCGCUUGA